AUGUUGUUCUUGAAACAAUUGGCAACUCUGUUGGUCUUUGCGAUGGCGCCGGCAGUCAACGCUCAGAAUGCCACGACAGCUAUAACACCAAUCAUGGUGAUUGGCGCUAUGCCGCAAUGCGCUCAAGUGUGCCUCGUUGCCGGCAUCGAGACUGCAAGCUGCUCCAUGACCGACAUUAGCGCCUUUGCGGACUGUGUUUGUCUAAACGUUGGACUUCAGUCGGACUUCAACAAAUGUGUUCAGGACAGUUGUGCUUCCAUGACUGACUGGGGAACCGCACUGGGUAUAGAAGGAGUGCUAUGUGAAGCCUAUCCCAAGGAAGAUCGCACAUCGGUUCCCUUGAUUGCUGCGAUUGUGGGUAUCGCCAUUGUUGUGCCUUGUGUCGCUGCUAGACUAGCCUCACGACUGCGUUACACUGGAAGACUGUGGCCAGAUGACUGGGUCAUGAUAUUCACCGCUAUCGUUUUUCUUGGCCUGGCAGCUAUUCUCAUAGUCAGCGCACGACUUGGACUUGGUGUACACUUCUGGAAUAUGAAGAUUGAAAACGCCAUCCCUUUGAUGCAGAUCUUCUUUGCCUCUCAAGUCAUGUAUAUUGUGGUUACCUUUGCUGGGAAGCUCGCCAUUUUACUUCUUUUCUUACGAAUUUUUGACACUGGCAGCAAAAAGACGUUUGCGCGGGUGAUCAAAGUUUGCAUAGUAUUGCAGUGUCUCGACAGCCUCACCUAUCUCUGCCUGAUCGUUACGGAAUGCAUCCCCAUUUCUGCAGUCUGGGACAAGUCCAUUACAAGCCCCAAGUGCUUGGAUCUGCACGCGAUAUCAGUUGCAGGGGCUAUCUCAUCCAUGACCACCGAUGUCAUUUUGAUGGUUCUCCCGAUACCAGUGCUAUGGACACUGCAGGUGAGCCGGGCCAAACGCAUAGGCCUCGUCUUCCUCUUCGCUGUUGCAUCGCUUGGCAUCGUAGCUAGCGCUGUUCGUUUCAGCUACCUGGUGAAAUUAAACGGAGAUACUGACGAAACUUGGAACAAUGUGGACGUGACGAUUUGGAGUCUCGUCGAGAUUCUCUGCACCAUUGUCUGCGGUAGUAUACCAGCCAUGAAACCACUUCUGACUCGGGCUGUCCCAACGGUCAACCUGUCCAUUUCAUGGCAACGGAACUCAAAGGGAUCGUCAAACCAGUAUGCCAAAGCCAGUCAGCCAUCAACUGGGACUUCCCAGUCCAGCCACAGUCACAGUCGCUCGUACGACCAAAAGUCAGACAUCUGGUUGGAGUCUUUGCCCUCAACAAACAUUCAAGGUCCAUGGAAGACGCCUAUACGCUCCCACACAGGCCCGCGGCAUGCCGAGUCGCAAGAUAGAUUGUAUAAAGGAUAUGAGAUCUGA